GAAUCUGCCUCGUUUCGUUCACGUACUCGCUUACGUGAUCACCAUCUCUCGCGCGCACAGCACAGUAAAGACAUUGUCAAGACGCACUAUCAAGCGCGCAUCCCUGAAAACACAAACUUACCUGAAAACAUCAUGAGCUCAAUCGCAUCCACGACUCCUCCCAGCUCUCCGCCUGCUAUCGUGCGCCGUUCUUCCCUCUGCACAGCUCCUUCCUCCAAGAAGAGGUCGCUCUUUUCGAAGAUCGCCCCUUCAAAGAAGAUGGAUCCCUCUACGCCCACCCUGAUCCGCAAUGCAAUUCUCCAGUCGCGCCGUCAAGUAGUCGCUGCUGCCUCUGCCGCUGUUCUUUCCUCGCUGGCCGAGAGGGAGAAGCGCGAGGUGGCCGACCUCGUCCGCGACACUGUCGUCACUCCCCUACCUACCAUCAUUGUCACUCCUCCCACGCCCGUCAAGCUUGCGCCCGCGGCUCGCCAUGACCUGUCCACCACCCCUCGUACGCAAGAGAAGGACGCCGGGACUGCCUACACCGAGUACGAGGAGGCUUCGCCUUUCCUAGACUCGGCGCAGGACUACCCCGUCUCCGUCUCUCGCAACGGCUACUCCGUCUACUCCUUCUAUGCCAACACGUCCGCCGAGCGAAGUGGGCGUCGUCGCUUCGGCAGUGCGCAUCCCCUUCUCAAGGUGGCGAUUGGCAAGAAGAGGCCAAGCGACGUAGCCAAGCUCGCUCUUCCCUCGCUCCCUACCCUGUUCGUCACCAAGCCCACCCCGGCCGUCACCCUCUCUCCGAGUCUCGCCACGGCGGAGGAAGCCCCAUGUACGCCAGCCAACGAGGACCUCGGUGGUGCACAGCAGCCUCGCGUUGUCAGACUGUGCGAAUCGUCGUCGACCUUUGAAGCCAUAGUGCCCAGGCUCCCUUCAUCGUGGCAAGAGUACGACAGCAGCGUGGCGGUCGAGCAAGGUGAGGUAGUCGAGCAGGUCUGGGCUGAGAAGAAGGGCGACUGCGAGGAUGAGCGCAUCGUAGAGGUUGAGGACGUCGUGGUAGAGGUCGUCGCACCUGCUGGUCAGAGCGGCGACACCAUCUAUCGCGACAUCUACAGCUUCGACGAGAGCGAACUCUGUGGUGGAUACGCGGAUGAGGCGCAAUGGUAUGGUGGCCAGGAUGACGAGGCCUUGGAGAUGGUCGAUGAGGAUGAGAGUAGCAUCGGCGAUGCGACCGAGGGGGAGAUUCUCCCCUUUGGCAACAUCCUCGAUCUACUUCUUCCCACGACAGUCUCGACGUUUCAGGCCUCUGUCGCCGUACUCGCCACGUCUGACCCUACCCCCACUGCUCCCAUCGCCGCUGCGUGCUCGAGCUUCGACCUCCCUUUUCGCGCCCGCUGGCUCGGGCCGUGCAAGGUGAGGGCAGAGCACACGACGCGCAGCAGCGGUGAGAAGCAGGUCGGAAGGAAGACGAUGACGACUGCGCAGCGACAUGAAAGGUGGACUCAGCUUGGAAUCAACCCUAAGCAGAGGCUCUUUUCGGUCUACGAGGGCGGCAGCGAGAAGGACGCGUAAGAGAGGAGAAGCAAGGUGAGUAGGUCGCGAUUGAGCAGAUGGAGAGAGUUGGGAGGACGUGCGUGGAAGGAAAGGCGGAAGACGCGACAGUAGGAUGGAAACGAUGGGUGUUGUUGGCGUCAAGAUCGAAGUUGAGCGAGGGGAGGACUAUCAGCGCUGGUCGUUGAAGUCCAGGAGGGGCAGAGACGAGCUAGUCCACUCGCCCACGCGCCAAGUGCGCAUAAUCUUUUCCAAAACCGUCAUGGAGGCGCUGGCCACCGUAUACGAUAAUCAAGGGCCUCAUGCUCCCUGCGAAUCGAGAAGAGCGAGAAGCAAGGGUGGAGCGAAUGUAUCACUGUAUUAUAGACGUCAUUCGUUGACUCCAGGAAAUAUAAGCAGCCGGAG